UAGCAGACAGUGGAGCUUCCAUCACGUUUGCGUGUCAUAUGAUCAAUUUGUGAAUUGGUAUUGAAUUCCUGGGAGUGUCUCAAUUUUACGGUUCUUGCUUUUAAAACAACAAUGUUAAAACUAUUUUGGGGUUUCAUAGCUGUAAUCGUUGCAGUAAAAGCAAGCGGAGAUUUCGUAGUUCUACACAGUCCGAACAGUGUUUUAUUCAACGGGAAUGAAGAAGUGGAACAGAGCUUACUCAAAGAAGUACUGGCUGCUGCUCUAGGUUUCACUGUUAAGCAGAGAGGAACAUGGAGCGGCAUUUCUAUUGCCGAUCCGUUCAGUCUUCCAGAAGCUGUAGUCGCUGUAGCAAUAGAAGGUGUAGGGUCUCUAGAUAUCCCUAGGGGCAAAAGGUUUCCUUUAAAUGUCAAUGAAGUUGAAGAAACUACAUGGCAGGCACUUAGAGAACGCUUGGAAGAAAGAGAUAACGAUAAUACAUUAGUCAGAAUAUCCUUAGGCGACGGUCUUGAUGCUCUAGGACAGUCUGCUCUUGGUGAAUUAAAGCCAACCCCCAUCGACGAAGCUUCUUUGAAAGCCUUAAACUUAAGGAAGGAAGAUGAUAAAAAAUUCCUAGAAGAAGUGCAAUUGCUCCAUGCUAUCGCUAAGAAAGCACCUUCUGCAAUUAAACCAGACUCGAAAUCUGAUAUUUAUUGGCUGGUUAUAUCUGGCUUGCGUCCAAUCUUUGAUGAUUAUGGAUAUAAUUCGACCACGUCUAGGGAAGCUUUAUCAUUAUUGAACAAUGCCCUGAACAUUAUUCGCGAUGCAUUUGUCCAGGCGUACGAUGGCCAGGUAUUAAUUGUGGCUUUCACAAACGAUGCAAGCAAGGUACAUCAUAUCCGCUCUGUCACAAUAGGAAGGCAAAAACGAGAUACUAACGAGACGGAUAAGAUUAAAAAUGUAGAAUCUACUUCGGAACAUACACAGCUGCACAAUGAUGCAGAUUUGACUAAUAAUAAUAAUAUUAUAAUUAAGCAAAAUGAUCACCAAGAUGAAAACAAAACGGUCGAAGACGAAGAGGAUACAAACAUAAACAUUGAUAGCGCUAGCAAAUACGACAGUAACGUGAACAAUUCCACUGCAAAAAGUGAUUUUCGUGACGAUAGCGGAGUCACUGAAUCUAAUCAGGAAUUGACUAGUACGGAGAGUAACAUAUAUUUUAACACACAAAUUAUAGGACAGAAGAUCCAUAAUCUUGCGAAAGUAUACUCGGCGGAUUAUCCUAUCAUCUUUAAUAUUCUAUUAUGGUUUGGAGUUGUUUUUGUUUUUUCGCUCCUUGCUAUUUGCAUUGCCAUUUCACAAAUGGAUCCAGGACGGGAUUCGAUAAUAUACAGAAUGACCUCCAAUCGUAUGAAGAAGGAUAAUUAAAUGUAAAUACAAGUUAAUGAUGUUUAAAUUAAAAAUGUUGUGUUAUGUAAGGUGUACUUAAACUGUCAUCUUUACUUCAUGAACGUGCACAAUUCCAUUUUAAUUUCAUUUUUUAAAGUUCCAAAAAAAAAUGUUAAACAUCUCGUUAUCGGUAUUACGAUCGUUGUAAUAUAUUUAUAUACAUAUUAGUUGUAUCCCACACAAUGCAGUCAACCAUAUAAUAUUUUUUAUUGUGUAUUUUAUAGCGUUGAGUAGCUGCAUCGCCCAUGUAUAAAUGUAUUAUAGUCUAAGGCUUACGAAUGACUACACCUAAUAAUAAAACAUGUUUAAGCGUAUAGUUAUGGAGUAAAAUAAUAAAGGCUAGAAAUUUUUAGGAAUAUUUCAAUGUUCGUGGUAAUCAUCCUACAGUUAAUUUGGCGCAUUCGCAGCCCCACUCGACCUAAUCUUACUCGUGUAAGUAACUCGUUUUCUUUUUUCGAGCAUCCUCAAGCAUGUAUCUCAAUUUUGUUCACAAUGUUAUUCAUAUGUUUGUAAAA